AUGAAUGAUAAAGAUGUGUUACCUUAUUACACUGCCAACAGCUACUGUUCGAAGGGUAUGUUCAAUACCUCCAUGGGAGAUCUACAACGACAAUUGUAUAGGGGAGGAGAGUAUGACAUUUUUAAGUAUGCGCCAAUGUUUGAGAGCGACUUUAUCCAGAUUAGCAAAAAAGGUGAAGUGAUUGAUAUACAUAACCAUGUUCAAAUGGUGACUAUGGGCAUCGCAUCUACCAGCCCAGUCCUCCCACUGCCAGACGUCAUGUUGGUGGCCCGGCCAGCUAGAGUCUGUGAAAACCACAAUGGGUGCAGCCAACCCACCCAAAAAAGAGGUCGAAAGUCCACAACAACCUUAGAGCUUACCAGGCUCCUUCCCUUGAAUUUUGUCAAGAUCUCUAUACACAACCGAGAAAAACAGCAACUGCGCCUAAAGCUUGCCACCGGCCGUACCUUUUACCUGCAGCUGUGCCCCUCUUCAGAUGGACGUGAGGACCUCUUUUGCUACUGGGAAAAAAUAGUCUAUCUCCUGAGACCAAAAAUGGAGACUUACAGCAGUAACCCCUCCCUCCAAACUGGGGAUUUAACGAAUACAUCUACACGCUUGACAGAUGACAACAAAAGCAUAAUGACUGCAGAUCUCUAUGGAGAAGGGGAUCGGGAUGAAGGCAGGCUUCGCAAGUUCCGAGAGGUGUCUGAAGCUACUUCUUCUGCUUAUGCAGGAGGAGAAGGAAUUGGAAUCAAACAACCUUCUCACGGAAUGCCUGGACCCUCUUCUGCAGCCAUGAAGUCACCAGGGUCUGCGAGAAGAGCAGCAGCAACAGGGUCAACAGAAGGUCCCUCAAUGGGAGCAGCAAUAACAGGAACGAUAGCAAGUUCCAGGCCAGGAGCAGCAAAGGCAGGAGCAGCAGCCAGCCCUAAAACAGGAGGAGCAGUAGCAGGGACAAGAGCUGGCUCCACAAUGGGACCUGCAGUAGCUGGGAAAACAGCAGGCCAUUCAGAAAGUACUGUAAGUGUUGUAAUCGACAAGGCCUCAGGGCCAACACAGAAAAAUGUGGCCCUGGCAGGAGGAGUUACCAAGAGUCCAAGAGUGAGUAGAGGACCCAGCAAGGUCAUCACAGGUACUGCCAGUGUGUCCUCAGAGAGUGCUAACAAGGUCUUGGCAAGUGCUACAAGGUCAUCUGCAGAGCGCAGUUCCACCCAAUCAACAGUGGCAACCAGUUUCUCCCCAGGAAGCAGCAUGGGCAUCCGUGGAGGAGUAACAGCUAACAAGCCUGCGGCACGGAAUGCUAAAUUACCCCUUCUCUCGACCUUGAAAACUGAAGGCUACAUGAGUGAGCGAGAUGGAAGCCAGAAGGUGUCCAAGUCAAAUACCAAAGUGCUGAAGGAAAAAAAGAAAAGAAAAUCAAAGAGGAACAAAAAUCCCACUAAGAGAAGUUCUCAUCACCACAGAAAAAGUCGAGACAAAUCAACCCGGAAAUCAUCCUCCCACCAGUCCUCAGCCGAAAGUGGAACCAGGAAAGAGGACAAAAAAAGGAAAGGUCGUAGCAGCACAAAGGGCAAAGGACAGAGGUCCUCCUCUCACAAAAGUAUCAGCCGCAGUCCCACCCCAAAGGAGUCGAGGACAACUCAGAAACUGGGGCGGACCCAAUCUUCAGCAAGCAGCUCAGCUCCAGUAGUAAGUAAGAAGCCCAGCAAGAUUGGCUCUUUCUUCAGGAGCUUCAGAGCAAUCUCGGCUUCAAGAGCAGUGAUUACAUCUCCCGAGAGAGAUUUAGACAUUAUAGCCAAGACUGUGGAGAGGUGCAACAUUGAGUCCAAGAUGGAGAAAGCACCUGGAUAUGUCCAGGAUGUGGAGAUCACUGGUACCAUGACAGCUGAGACCACAGAGACAAUAAUCUUUGCAUCUAAAGCCACUUAA